GCUCGUGCAGCUGGUGUUCCAUCCUCGAACUCUGCCCGAGCCGCUCAGACAAGCUGCACUAGCGCUCCUGUCUCAGACUCGUGUCUCUGUCUCUGUCCGGAUAACCGAGCACACUUCUCCUUCUACUGAGAACCCACAACCUGAUUAAACAUGGAGGCCAUCAAGAAGAAAAUGCAGAUGCUGAAGCUGGAUAAGGAGAAUGCGAUAGACCGGGCAGAGCAGGCUGAGGGGGACAAGAAAGGAGCAGAGGACAAAUGCAAACAGCUGGAGGAAGAGCUGCUCGGUCUGCAGAAGAAGCUGAAAGGAGUGGAGGAUGAGCUGGACAAAUACUCUGAGUCACUGAAGGAUGCCCAGGAGAAGCUGGAGCAGGCAGAGAAAAAGGCAACAGAUGCUGAGGCAGAGGUGGCGUCUCUUAACAGGCGUAUCCAGCUGGUGGAAGAGGAGUUGGACAGAGCUCAGGAGAGAUUGGCUACUGCCCUGCAGAAGCUGGAGGAGGCUGAAAAAGCUGCAGAUGAGAGUGAGAGAGGAAUGAAGGUUAUUGAGAACAGAGCAACAAAGGAUGAGGAGAAAAUGGAGAUCCAGGAGAUGCAGCUGAAGGAGGCUAAACACAUUGCUGAGGAGGCUGACCGCAAAUAUGAAGAGGUUGCACGUAAACUGGUGAUCCUGGAGGGGGAUCUGGAGCGUUCAGAGGAGCGUGCUGAGGUGGCUGAGGCGCGAGUGAGGGAGCUGGAGGAGGAGCUCAGACUAAUGGACCAAAAUAUGAAGUCCAUGAUGUGCGGAGAGGAAGAGUACUCACAAAAGGAGGACAAAUACGAAGAGGAAAUUAAAGUUCUUACCGACAAACUUAAAGAGGCUGAGACCCGUGCAGAGUUUGCAGAGAGGUCUGUGGCCAAGCUGGAGAAGACCAUUGAUGAUUUGGAAGAGAAACUGGCCCAAGCCAAAGAGGAGAACCUGGACAUGCAUCAGGUGUUGGACCAAACCCUUCUGGAGCUCAACAAUCUAUAAAGACCUCUACACAGCUACAUGAAUGACAGCCUGAAAGACAAAGCAAGACAAAAAAGGUUUAAUCUCCCAGCCAAAGCUCUCAGCAUUCACUCUUUACAGAUGGAAUCUUCAUGUAACAGCAAGUUUGUUAUUGUAAAAAACAAGAGAAUGUGAGUAUUUUCAGGAUUUACUGUAUUUCCUGUUUCAGUCGUAAAUCCAUGGAGCCCCUGAAGUAAUGCGAUAGAAGUGUCUAUGCAACUAAAAGUUAUUUUGUGUGCACUAGAAACUGCUGUAUGCACUAGGACAGUUUAGAAAAGAUCUUCUGCCAGAAACAUAUCUGUUAUGUAACCAAACAUUGAACAUACAGGUCAUAUUCAUAAACACAUCAGAACCUACCUUUCUACUGUUGUUGCCUUAAGAAUAUGAUAUAAGAAGAAGAAAUUGAAACUGUUGAGAAAGUUGCUAAUGUACAAAAGAAACCUUCUCACUUACACAACAUACAGUAAUGUCAACUAUGCAACCAGAAAACCUUACGUUUUCCAGUUCUUUUACCUCGGUUAAUACAGUGGGGUUUAGGAAUGUCCAAGACUGUCCUUCUGAAAAAAGACCCAUUAGUUGUUUGUGCAUAUGAAAGACUAUGACAAGUCUUAGCAUGUCCUCAUGGUUUUUGUUUUUACACCUAACCAAGCCUUAACUAUAGUGGAGGCAGAUCACAAAAUGAUGAUAUGAAUGAUUUUUUGUGAUAGUCAGUUGUUACAGUCAAAUGAUGUCCAAUCAGAACACAGGUUACAUUCAACUUGUAUUCCCUUAAGCAACACACAGUGUGGGUUGGCAGAUAUUUUCAAAUAAAAUGAACUACUUCUAUAUUGGCUACAUCAUUUUAUAUAGCCUAGUUAAAACAGGGAUCCUGUAUGUUAAAAUAGUAUGACACCACAUUAUUUUGACUGAAGUAAAAAGGCAACAUUUGAUUAUUAAUAGAAUUAAAUUACCACUACAGCACAUUUCUAGAAAUGUAAUAAUGAGAC